AUGUCACACCUCCCAAUUGAGCCAGAGUUCGAGCAGGCUUAUAAAGAAUUGGCCUCGUCUCUUGAAAACUCCACCAUUUUCGAGAAGCACCCGGAGUACCGUAAGGCACUUCACGUUGCUUCCAUUCCCGAGCGUACCAUCCAGUUCCGCGUCACUUGGGAAAAUGACAAGGGAGAGCUCGAAGUCAACCGUGGCUAUCGUGUCCAGUUCAACUCCGCCCUUGGCCCGUACAAGGGUGGCCUUCGAUUCCAUCCCACAGUAAACAUGUCCAUCCUAAAGUUCCUAGGUUUUGAGCAGAUCUUCAAAAAUGCUCUUACUGGAUUGAACAUGGGUGGUGGAAAAGGUGGUGCUGAUUUCGAUCCCAAGGGCAAGUCUGACAAUGAGAUCAGGAAAUUUUGCAGCGCCUUCAUGAUGGAGUUGAGCAAGCAUAUUGGUGCAGACAUUGAUGUCCCUGCUGGCGAUAUUGGUGUUGGAGGCCGUGAAAUUGGUUUCCUCUUCGGUGCCUAUAAAAGGCAGAGACACAUCUGGGAGGGUGUUUUGACUGGAAAGGGCAUCAGCUGGGGUGGCUCUUUGAUCCGCCCUGAAGCCACUGGUUAUGGCCUCGUCUAUUAUGUUCAACACAUGAUCCAGUACGCCACCAAUGGUGCUGAGACUUUCGAGGGAAAGCGCGUCGCUAUCUCUGGUUCUGGAAACGUUGCCCAGUACGCGGCCUUGAAAGUCAUCGAAUUUGGAGGAACUGUCGUCUCCAUCUCGGACAGCAAAGGCUCUCUUGUUGCUCGUGAGGGAGAGUUCAUUACUCCAGAGGAGAUUUAUGAAAUUCAGGAACUCAAAGACCAGCGCAAACAGCUUUCCGUGCUCGCCGACGCACCAAACUUCAAAGAUAAAUGCGUGUAUAUCGAAGGUGCCCGUCCGUGGUUGCACGUUGGCAAGGUUGAAGUAGCUCUUCCUUGCGCUACUCAGAACGAAGUUUCCGGCCCAGAAGCUCAGGGUUUGAUCCAGAACGGAUGCAAGUACAUCGCAGAAGGCUCCAACAUGGGCUGCACACUCGCCGCCAUUGAACAUUUCGAGGCUCAUCGUCAGCUGCACAAGAAGGGAGGCGCCGUUUGGUACGCACCCGGAAAGGCCGCCAACGCCGGUGGUGUUGCCGUCAGUGGUCUCGAGAUGGCUCAGAACUCUCAGCGAUUAACCUGGACUGCUGAGGAGGUCGAUCAGAAAUUGAAGGACAUCAUGAGGGUCUGCUUCGAAACUGGUGUCAAGACUGCUGAAAACUACACGUGCUUGAACGAAGGCCAACUUCCGUCUUUGGUUAUUGGAAGCAACAUCGCCGGUUUUAUCAAGGUCGCUGAGGCCAUGAAAGACCAUGGAGACUGGUUCUAA